AUGAUGACGACUCAAGCGGCAUCCACCCUCAAGUUCGCCCUGAAAUCGAUCGACGUGUUGAAUAAGCUCCCCACAAGAACUCAGAUAAAGACUCGUCGAGCAUGGAUUGGGCGCAAGAAAAGUGGAGGCUGGGAAAUCUCCAAUUUGGCUGAUUUGAUCACGUGGGGACAAGCACAUCUCUGUGCAACCAAGGAGACAUUCUUCGAUCGCGAAGAAACAUUCGUGUACGAAGAAUUCAUUGAGCUCGACAACGCGUACAGGCACAAAUUGAUUGCCCUUGACAUUAUCGAGGGCACAUUCACCAGCGACAGCGUCGAAAGUACGUACGCUGGGUUAGUCGUGACGUCCCGGCAAAACAUGUGGAACAUUGCAUGGGCGAGAGACCGUCAAGGCGACAGUUUGGCCAUUGCAACGGAUGGAACGUACAAGCUUCACUUUGACAUUGUACCAGGUGGUUGGACGUUGAUAGAUUUGGGCGCUGUGUACACGCGAUACACGAAUGGUUCUUUUCGGCACCGCUUCCUACCGUGGACGUACGGUACAUAUUUGUACGAGCGGAAUGCGAAGAGGUACUUCAAGCUUUUUGACGUGACCGCCACGAAGUUUGAGGAAUUCUUCGACACCAACCUCGUUCCUGCCACAGCAUGGAUCGACCAUACGCCGUACAUUUAUGCAGCGUUGGUCAGGAAAUGGCCAAACGUGCAUGUCGUGUCGUGCUACGUUCACAUGAAACGUAAUGUACACAAGCACAAGAAACUACUACGGGAAUCGAACAACUAUUCUCGUGUCAAGGCGGACAUAGAGCGUAUGUGGCUUGCCCGAUCACACCACCAGUUUCACGUGAUUGCCGCCAUUUGCCUGUCGGAAUGGAUGGUCGAUCUAAGCGAAAUCGAGAUGUCGACAUGGUUUCGUGAUGUGUACCUUUCUCCGCCGUGGGACCAGUGGUUUUCAACAGCGUCGUAUUGUCCAGGAGUUAUGCCGCAUCAACAACAUAUCGAAAGUCAUCACAAAAGCAUCAAAAUCGUAUGCGCACAUGAACUCAGAGCAACAACAAGCGUGGUUCUCGAACAUACACUCCCUCGCGUCCUUGUAUCGGAUGGACUUGAAAUCAACACCUCGCCGGCCUUGUGGGACGAGUCAGUCCUGUCCAUCUGUGCCCAGUUCGGACUCAAGUUGAGCCCGAAGAAGUGUCAUUUCUUUCUGCGCGAGGCAGAAUGGUGUGACAAGGUGAUUUCGGCCGAUGGAAUCACCCAUUCACCAAGCCGAAUUCAAGGACUUGUGCAUUUGUCGCCGCCGACGACCGCGGCCGACCUCCAGCAGUUUGUGUGUGCCACCAACUGGAUGCGUGCGAGCAUCCCCGGCUACAACCAGCUGGUGGAUCCGUUGCGACAUCUGCUCGACGUGGCCACCAAGGCAGCCGGAAGCUGCAAGAAAACGGCGUUAGUGCGUUCGUCCGACUAUCUCAAGUGUUUCAACGAUGUGAAACACGCGUUGGCGCAUGUGGUGCCCCUGUCGCACCCGCGAGAAGACAUGACGGUCUGCGUCUUCACGGACGCCAGUGACCUGUUUUGGGGUGCGGUCGCCACACAAGUACCGCCAGCGGACCUCGACUUGCCUCUCGAAGACCAGCGGCACCAGCGGCUUGCAUUCAUCAAUGGGUCGUUUUUUGGCGCGAGUGCGCGUUGGCCCAUCGUGGAGAAGGAGGCCUAUGCCAUGGUCGAGUCGUGCAGGAGACUCGAUUACCUGGUCGUACGCCCGGGUGGUUUCCGUCUGUUUACGGAUCACCGCAACCUGGUGUACAUCUUCAACCCAAGUGGCUCGAACACCAACAUGACCAAGUACCAGGCCGACAAGCUGCAGCGAUGGUCGCUGGCGAUGUCGACCUUCCCGUACACCAUUGAGUGCGACUCGGGUGACGCGAACGUAUGGGGCGACCUCCUGUGCCGAUGGGGUUCGGCUCCGGCGGAUCAGCCAGUUGUGAAUGUUCGCAAGUUGAUCCAUGUGGUGUCGCCCCUGCAACAAGUGGAUUUCGAGUGGCCGACAGCCGCUACGAUAAGAGGCAUCCAACGUUCAACCAUGGAAGGGGGAGGGACCCUCCCAAACGGCAUGGAUUGGGACGACGACUCCCAUUUUUACGUGGACCCAGACGGACGAAUCUGGAUCCCAGACGGUGCUGUCGACCUACAGAAGCGGAUUUGUGUGAUGGCUCACCAAGGAGCAAGCGGUCACCGUCGCAUCGCAGCGACGACCAAAUCGGUGUAUGACAAGUUUAUGUGGAAGACGCUUUCCACGGACGUCGAAGCGUUCGUGAGGGCCUGUUUGCACUGCCUGUGCAUUGACGGAGAAAUGAUUCCCCGUCCAUUGGGUUCGGCGCUUCACGUGGAGAAGCCGAACGAGCUCAUCCAUUUCGACUGGUUGUCGAUGCCCAUGGCGAAGUCUGGCCAAAAACAAGUGCUUGUCGUGAAGGACGACAUGAGUGGCUUUAUCGCGUUUGGCGAUGGCGGAUUUCAUGUGGAGCGCCUGGACGAAGCGCGCUGCGUGGAUGGCCAACACCAAGUUUUGGUGAAGUGGCUUGGACUUGACGAUGAAGAAUCGUCCUGGGAACCUGCGGCGAAUUUGCUGGACGACAUUCCAGUCGUAUUUCGCAAGUGGGCGGCGGCGAACAAGGAAGACCCUGCCGUGACCGCCCUCAUCAAGACACGACUUUCCGUAGGAGGGGAAGUGUUCUGCAGCGUGCAGAGCAAUUGGGUCGCGCGUUAG